CAGACAACCGUACGGACUGACGGAGGGAAACGCACACCACCAUGGGCUGCUGUAACAGAAGGUGCGGGCUGAUAGCCGGAGCUGUGUUUGGGGCGGUGGUAGCCAUCCUGGGAGGCGUCCUUAUCCCACUGGGGAACAGCGUCAUUCAGGGGACAGUGGAGAAGGAAGCAGUCAUUGAGCCUGGAACGACAGCUUAUGACAACUGGGUGUCCACAGGGGCAAAGGUGUACAGGCAGUUCUGGUUCUUUGACGUGCAGAACGCUCAGGAGGUUUUGCAGAAAGGAGCAAAUCCGGUGGUUGUGGAAAAAGGACCCUACACUUACAGGACAAGAUAUUUACCCAAAGACAACGUCACGUUCAACUCCAAUCACACCGUCUCCUUCCUGCUGCCCAUGGGCGCCAUCUUUGAGCCGGCCAUGUCAGUGGGACCAGAAGAUGACAAAGUCACCUCUCUCAACCUGGCUGUGGCU